AUGAAGUUUAGUGGCAACGAUGCGCUGGGCUCCACUCAAGUCAAGUGCAUCAUGUGGACUGCAUUUCCCUCUCAGCCUAGCGCCUACAAUCGUUGGCCACUCCAGUGGAAAUUCGUGGGACGCGUGGCAGCUCCCUAUAAAGGAGUCGUUGAGAUCAAACAGCUCCCUUUGAAUGGAGAUUAUUUUUCUGGGCUUCAUAUAGGAAUGUUGGGAAAUAGCUUUGGGGUUGCAAUUUGUCUCUCUUCCUCAAUGAAACAUGAACCUGUGAAAAUAGCUUCUGCCUCCCUUAAGAAACAAUCAAAUGAGUUGGGUGUUGUCUGGGUUGAGUGUGACCCUUUUUGGGGUGGGGGAGGUUGGGAUGGGGGUUGGGGAAGAUGA